AUGGAUCGUCUCGUGCGCCUCUCGAUCUCAUUCCUUGCGCUCCUCGCCGCUCUUGACGGCAUCAACGGCGAAGUCAGCUACAGCCAGAGUGGGCUCGACUGGGGGGGAGACUGCCAGUCGGGCGAGAAGCAGUCGCCGAUCAACAUCGUGAUGGACGAGGCGAAGGAAGUGAGCGAGCCGGAGAAGUUCGUUCUCGAGUACGACUCCGCCGCCACCACCGCCAGCGUCAUCAACCACGGAUACACCGUGCACGUGCACUCGUUCUCGGAGCACGCAGUUAACGGGCUGUUCGCAGCCAUGGAGGCUCAUUUCGUGCACCAGCACGAGAACGACAACACCUCCCUCGCCGUGGUGGGAGUCAUGAUAAGGCUGCAGCGCCACGACAAAAAUUGGCAGAACAAGGUACCAGCGGGGGUGGACACCAACACCACCAUCGACGUGCCUCAGAACUUUUGGACUGAGAUGAUCGACACAUCCAUGGGCUUCUGGCGCUACUCUGGCUCGCUCACCACACCCGCCUGCAGUGAGAUUGUCGAGUGGCAUGUGCUGCGCAAGGCCAAGUUCCUCUCUGUAGCUCAGGCCAUCACAUUCAUGAACCUGAUCGCCAAGCAGAACACUGAGCGCACUGACAACCGCCUCCCCGAGCCCCUGAAUGGCCGCACUGUCACAUACUUCACAAACGUCUCUUAG